CAUUCAUUUCACAGAGUGAUCAGAGAGAGAUACUAAUAGACUAUAUAUAGAGAGAGAGGCCGGAAAGAUGAGGAGGGUGGCGUUAAGCGAUGUGAUGGCAUGUGGGAGCAUGGUUGUGGUGGAGGGUUGCAUUAUUGGGCUGACGAUCAUGGCUAGCACCGCGAUGGCUAAAGGGAUGAGCCCUUUCGUGUUUGUUGUCUAUACAAAUGCCCUUUCUUCACUCAUUCUCCUCCCAUAUUCCUUCUUUUUUGAUACCAAUAGGUCGGAAGGGACAUGGCUCACCCUACCUUUUCUCGUUCAAGUCUUCGUCCUCGGUUUGAUAGGGGUAACAAUUGCUCAAAACCUAGCGUUUGUGGGUUUGAGCUACAGCUCUCCCAUUGUUGCAUGUGGCUUCGCAAAUCAGAUGCCUGCUUUAUCUUUCAUUUUGGCCAUACUCCUCAGGAGUACAAAAUUUGAUUGGAAGAGGUCAGGCAGCCUAGCAAGAUUGAUAGGCACCCUCAUAUCUUUUGGUGGUGCAAUUUCACUCACUCUUUACAAAGGCCCUACCAUCAAAGCUCCCUCCCUAACCUUACCUUCGCGGCCGCCGCUGCUGGUCUUCACUUCAACUCAUGAAAACUGGGUUCUUGGUUGUAAACUCUUUGCUGCUUCUUCAUUUGCUCUUGCCAUCUGGAACUUUCUCCAGGCGAAAACUCUCAAAAUAUGCAAACAAGUGAUGAAAAUAAUCUCAUUUUACACCUUGUUUGGGACCAUCCAAACAACUGGUGUGGCCCUCUACUUUGAAAGGGAUCCUGAGGCAUGGAAGCUAGGGCUUAAUUUCGAACUUCUCAUCAUCGUCUUAACUGGAAUAUUCAGCAGCCUGAUUCGGACGAAAGUUCAAAUGUGGUGUACACGUUUGAAAGGGCCUUUUUUUGUGCCCUUAUUCAAGCCUUGUGGGAUUGCCUACGCCACCACCUUUGGCUGUUUGCUCUUUUCCGAUACUUUUCAUUAUGGAAGCAUUAUGGGAGCGUUCAUCUGCGGGGUGGGGUACUACACCGUGCUGUGGGGCCAGACGAAGGACGAGGAGGCGAGUAAAUUGGACGGUCGUAACAAGAUGGUCAGCCCAUCAAGGGAUGAGAAGGUCCCUCUUCUGCAGCAAGAUUCUCAAGUGUGAUUUUAUUAUGGAUAUUAAUCACGUGGAUUAAUCUUAAUUAUGAUACUCCUAUAAAUUAUAAUGCUCUCAUCAGAAGAUGCAUGCACUUUCUUUUUCUGGAGGGGGUUGUUAUUUUUCCAUCUCCCCAUUUUCAAUAUUUUAAUAAUCAUGCUCUACUUUUGCAUCUUAUGUAAAUGUCGCUUUGUGUUUACGAAUAUUUCUAUUUUUCUUA